AUGGAUAACGUACCUUAUGCCAGUGCAGUAGGCAGUCUCAUGUACGCCAUGAUUGGCUCCAGACCUGAUCUUGCUUAUGCAGUGGGUGUGAUAAGCAGAUUCAUGUCAAGUCCAAGCCGUGAUCAUUGGACCGCCGUCAAAUGGGUUCUGAGAUACCUACGAGGAGCAUCAAAAGCCAAGUUAACGUUUACAAAGAAUGAAAGAUUCAGAGUCGAAGGAUUUUGUGAUUCAGAUUAUGCUACUGAUCUAGACAGAAGGCGCUCAGUUACUGGUUUUAUCUUCAAGGUUUGGGGUAAUACAGUUUCGUGGAGGUCUAAUCUACAAUCAGUUGUGGCUCUAUCAACUACAGAAGCAGAAUACAUGGCACUAACAUCAGCUACUAAGGAAGCUAUCUGGUUGAAGGGAAUCUGUGAAGAACUAGGUUUUGAUGCAGGGGCAGUUAUGAUUCACUGUGAUUCGCAAAGUGCUCUGGCCUUAGCUAAGAAUGCAGUGCAUCAUGAACGAACUAAACACAUUGCUACUAAGUUUCAUUUCAUUCGGGACAUUGUAGCAGAUGGGAUUAUCAAGCUCUAUAAGAUUCAUACUAGCCGUAAUCCAGCAGACUUCUUAACUAAAGCCUUACCUGGGCCUAAGUUUGAGCUCUGCCGGGAUUUGGGAUUUCUUGUUCAGAAAAGGUUUUCAGCGAGAAGAGGUAAAGAUCUGAGUUCAGGGUUUCAGAGUUUUACCUGGGGAUUUCUUUUGAGCAGCUACGGAGCAGUGGAUCUGUUUCACGAGAAGUUGUUGAGAAGAAUAGAGGAAGUCGAGAAGCUACGGAGCUUCUUGCAUGUCACCGGAUCUCGGCAAGCACGAGGAAUCGGCCAGUGCUUAGUGCGGAGGCUGAUAAACCUCAAGAAGAUACUUGCAGAGACUGGUGGUCGGCACCGUCAGCGGAAGCCGGAGCUCAUCGGUUCAAGUCCGAUUGGAGCAGUCGUCUUCACUAUCGCGGAAAGACAGAGAGAAGCAGCUAGGGUUCGAGAUUCUCGGAGUUGUGUCCGAAUAGGUGGAGAUUGUAAAUUUGGAUUCGGACUAACUCCUAAUGGGCUUGGCCCAGACACUUCGAGAAUUCGUCUUAGGCCCAAGACGGAACCCAACCCCAGCUGA